AAGACUUCCCAGCUGUGACAAUUAAAUAAGUGUGCAAUUGUUAUCCAGAGACUUUAUAGUAACCGCACAUUGUUCAAAUAUUCAUCACCCUAAGAAAUGUGGUAAGUAGUCCCUAUCUGUUAUGUUUGCUAAAGAGUAGCAGAAUCAUCAACCCUCAUGCUUUUGGCUGGUCUGAUUUUUUUUUUUUUUUUUUACUUUUUAUUUCAGAUUAAGAAUGACCCAAAAGACAUCACAGCUUUGUUCCAGAGCCAAUGUUUAUACUCAAGUGCCUGACGGAGGAUGGGGCUGGGUGGUGGCUGUGUCUUUUUUCUUCGUUGAAGUCUUUACAUACGGCAUCAUCAAGUCAUUUGGCGUCUUCUUCAAUGACUUAAUGGACAGUUUUAAUGAAUCUAAUAGCAGGAUUUCGUGGGUCAUAUCAAUAUGUGUAUUUGUCUUAACAUUCACAGCUCCCCUCUCUGCUGUCCUGAGCACUCGUUUUGGGCACCGUCUCGUGGUGGUGGCAGGGGGCCUGCUUGUCAGCACGGGAAUGGUGACCGCCUCCUUUUCCAGGAAGCUGUACCACAUGUACAUUUCAAUCGGCAUCAUAUCCGGUUUGGGAUUCUGCUUUAGCUUUCUACCAACUGUCACCAUUCUAUCCCAGUACUUUGACAAAAGGCGCUCCAUGGUCACUGCAAUUGCUUCCACGGGAGAAUGUUUCGCUAUGUUCGCUUUCGCCCCAGCAAUCACGGCUCUGAAGGACAACAUUGGCUGGAGAUACAGUCUCCUCUUCGUGGGCUUGCUGCAGCUGAACAUUGUCGUCUGCGGGGCGUUGCUGAGACCGAUUAUCAUCAAAGGACCGGGGUCCCCGAAAGCAACCGCACACGAACACCGGAAAGAAGUGCAAUGCAUGCUCGAAAAUGAGAAAACACGCACCUCAAUAGAUUCCAUUGACUCAGGAGUAGAAUUAACUACCUCACCAAAAAAUGUGCCUAGUCACGCCAACAUAGAACUGGGGCCGAAGGCCAACGUGCAGCUGGUGAAGGCCAGCCCCAAGCGGAGCGAUAAGAAAGCCCCUCUACUGGACUUCUCCAUCCUGAGAGACACAAGUUUUAUCUGUUAUGCGUUGUUCGGUCUUUUUGCAACCCUGGGAUUCUUCGCACCUUCCCUGUACAUCAUUCCCUUGGCCAUUAGUCUAGCAUCGAAAGGACCCGCUGCCUUCUUAUUGUCCACCAUGGCGAUUGCUGAAGUUUUUGGAAGGAUCGGGGCCGGCUGCAUCUUCAACAGAGAGCCCAUCCGGAAGAUCUACAUUGAGCUCAUCUGCGUCAUCUUAUUGACUGUGUCUCUGUUUGCCUUUACUUUCGCUACUGAAUUCUGGGGUCUGAUGUCAUGCAGCAUAUUUUUUGGGUUCAUGGUUGGAACGGUAGGGGGUACCCACAUUCCACUGCUUGCCGAAGACGACGUCGUGGGGAUCGAGAAGAUGUCUUCUGCGGCGGGAGCCUAUGUCUUCAUUCAGAGCAUAUCAGGACUGGCGGGACCACCUCUUGCAGGUCUGCUGGUGGACCAGAGUAAGAUUUACAGUAGAGCUUUCUACUCGUGUGCAGCUGGCACGUCUGUGGCUGCUGGGUGCCUCGCGCUUGUGAGACCUUGUAAAAAGGGACCAUGCCAGCGUCAUCCUGCAGGCGAGGCCCAGGCCGAGAAUCCUCGUGGGAAAGCUUUACAGGACAUACCCGAAGACUUUCUUGAAAUGGACCUCGGGAAAAAUGAGCAUAAAGUUCACGUGACCAUGGAGCCAGUAUGACAUGCUUUGCAGUAACGCCAGCCACCCUGUUGGCCGGGAGGUGGGCGGACGGUGGGCAGGGGGGACCCGGGGAGGUACGGGGGCUGUCGGCUCUGUGCACUUUCCAAACGACAUCUUAAAGGGAAUGUGUAUGUGAACACGACCAACAUCCUUUUCUUUUUUUCCCUUGUAAGGUUUCCUUUUUGCUUGUUUCUUAAGCCAAAACAAAAACAACCCAGCAAUUUCCACACAUCAAUCUGGUCGUCUUCAGUAGCAAUAAGAGAUACAAAGAAGGACCCUUUGACUCACAUUCCAAGUUUAAGACAGUGACGUGAAUCGCCAGAGUGGUUUUAAGAGCUCUCACAUGUGAUAAACAACUAUCUUAUAAAACGCCAUCGGCCCAGAUCGCGGAAAUGAAAUUGGCCACCAAAAAAAAAAAAAAAAAAAAAAAAAAUCUUAAAUCACCUUUCAAAUUUCUCAUUUUCAGAAUAGGAACAAAUUGUUUAAAACCCCUUGGAAAACACUGAGGUCUCCAUUAACAAAUCAUGGUUUCUCAGUUUUUCAACUAUUCCAUGGGAAUGAAGUAUAGUUUAAGACCAAACGUUCGGCUAACAAAUUCUAAAAAAUAUAUAUAUAUAUAACUUGAACUUCAUAAAUGUGAAGAUUACCACUUCUUUCUACGGCCAGUCAUUACCAGAAGUAUUUCAACACAGAAUAUACAGAAUGGCAUUCAAAAUAUGUUUCCUGUUGCUUUUAAUUAUUCCGAAAUAUGUGACUGUAGUAUCUUUAAUUUAAUCCACUAUUUAUUAUUAAGUUAUUCUAGGAUGAUUAAAAUAAUCAAGAGAAGUAAAAUCUGAGACCUAAGCAUCAUUUUUACCUCCUUUUGGCAAUCCUUGAAAUGCCUCAGACCUCUUGGAAAGUUACUCUCAUCCAAGGGCCAGGUUAUAAUGAUUCUUCAAUUUGAUUAAAGGCCACAUGUGCUAGCUAAAGGGGGGAAAAAAAAUGAAGAGCAAAUCGCCUUAGCUUCUUAAAUAAUUUGUUUUAUCACCUAAGAAUACUUGAGGAUCUCCUUUGAUUGGAAUUCUAUUUCAUUGAAUUGUUGAAGCAUUUCUGAUUUUUUUUCUUCCUUUCAACAGCUAACUGUUGAAGCAUUUCUGUAUUUCACAUGGGGUAGCAGAGACUUCGUAUUUUACCAUCGUACGUUACAAGUCGCCAUUUACAUCUUACAUAAACCUUGAUUGCUCUAAGUUGCCAGAGUUAUCAGGUCAACUGGUCGUUGUUGGUUUGGUUUUUUUGUUUGUUUGUUUGUUUUUGUUGUUUUCGGAAUCACACUACAUGUAUAGAAUUUCUCAUGUUACCAUUUUUCCGUAAAGAGGGCAGGUGUGAGGGUCACAGGGGGGCUACUUACUUACAUGUAAUGAAUCUCACUCUGCAGGUGAUGGUCCCUCACCGCUCUUUGAUUCAUCUUUACUGUUAAUUUAUGACAACUCAGGGGGAAAAAAAAAUAACAAGCCUAGUUUGGUUACAGGUACACACAAGCUUGAAUAUUUCUCUGCACUGAAAUGAAAGUGGCGUAGUUCAUCACCACCUGCUACAUUUUGUACAGCAUUUUAUCAGCCAUAGAAGUAGGACAAUCUGUAAAACUUUGGGGGGGUGGGGGAAAAAAUGACAAAGUGUCGAAAACAGACACACCUGGAAUGGUGGAUGUAAGCAAAUCUCUGUCACUGCUUGAGAAGGACUUUGAGCUUUGUGGCAGUUUUGUAGACUUACAUGACUUCAGCACUUUACAACAUUUUUUACUAUGAAUGUUCAAUACAAUUUAAUAUUUAUAACUGAUUUCUGAGCAAUCUGCCAUUCUGUUCACUGCAUGAAAAAAAACUGUAUGCCAAUUUCAGUAUGUCAAUAAUCAAGGUUUUAAAUGUUUUGGAGAAAAUUAAAGCAGGAUUGCUGAUCUGUUCUGUAUUUGUGACAUUCUGGUACUUCUACUAGAUAUGCAAUAAAUGUAUGGCUUUUUUUUUUAUUUAAAGAGACGGAUUCCUUUUUUAAUGGACUCAUCCGCAUUCAUUGUGUGAUCCAAUUAAAGUUAUAAAAACUCAAGGAAGAUUCACUCCAAAUAAAUAAUUUUUUUCACUUU